AUGUCGACCACGGUGGAAAAGAUCAAGGAGAUCGAGUCCGAGAUGGCCCGGACGCAAAAGAACAAGGCCACGUCCUUCCACCUGGGUCAGCUCAAGGCCAAGCUGGCCAAGCUGAAGCGAGAGCUGCUGACCCCGAGUAGCGGCAGCGGCGGCGGUGGCGGCUCGGGAUUCGAUGUUGCGAGGACUGGCGUUGCUAGUGUUGGCUUCAUCGGUUUCCCGUCAGUGGCGGCGGCGUACGAGUUUACGACUUUGACGAGUGUGCCGGGGCAAGUCAUUUACAAUGGUGCCCCCUUGCAGAUGAUCGACCUGCCUGGGAUCAUCGAGGGUGCCAAAGACGGCCGAGGACGAGGUCGUCAGGUCAUUGCGGUCGCCAAGACGUGUCAUCUCAUCUUCAUAGUUCUUGACGUGAAUAAGCCGCUGACAGACAAACGCGUCAUCGAAGCGGAGCUGGAGGGCUUCGGCAUCAGAAUCAAUAAGGAACCGCCCAACAUCACAUUCAAGAAGAAGGACAAGGGCGGGCUCAACAUUACGAGUACCGUUCCCCUCUCGCACAUCGACCAGGAUGAGAUCAAGGCCGUCAUGAGCGAGUACCGCAUCAAUUCAGCAGACAUCACCAUUCGCUGCGACGCGACAGUCGAUGACCUGAUUGACGUGCUCGAAGCCAAGAGCCGCAGUUAUAUACCCGUUGUGUACUGUCUCAACAAGAUUGACUCAAUCAGUAUCGAAGAGCUCGAUCUCCUCUAUCGGAUCCCCAACGCAGUUCCCAUCAGCUCCGAGCACGGCUGGAACGUUGAUGAGCUCAUGGAGUCCAUGUGGGAGAAGCUCAGCUUGAAACGCGUCUACACCAAGCCCAAAGGCAAACAACCAGACUAUUCGGCCCCCGUCGUGCUUCGUGCCUCCAAGUGCACCAUGGAAGAUUUUUGCAACGCGAUCCAUCGCAGUAUUGUGGAGCAGUUCAAGACAGCCAUUGUCUACGGCAAGUCGGUCAAGCAUCAACCGCAAAGGGUCGGGUUGGCUCAUGAGCUGGAGGAUGAGGAUGUCGUAGUGACCAUUGUCAAGCGAUGA